GAGCUAGCCGUCGGCAGGGGGACGCUGGUCUCGGAAAUGUUUUGUUUUGUUGUGCGACAUGCGGAAAGAAAAAUAAGCGUCACUUAAAAUCGGCUGUAAGCACUUUAGGACUUGUAGAUAAAACUACCGUGAAGCUAUAAAUGUACCACUCGAACGCUCCUGAGGCCAGCGGGGUGCCUGUUAGCGCAGAUAACGUCUGUCAUAUAAUGCACGAGCGUGGCUCGAACGUAACCGUCUCGGAAAGUGGUGCGGAGAGUUCGAUUGAUGUUCAGUUGGUGAGCCUUGCGCCGUGUCCCGCCUAGAGAGAGUAGUUUCCAAAACACCCGGAAGGUGUUGUACAUGUGAAAGUGGUGUUAGUCGAGCGGUUGCUUUGGUGUGUCACUUAUGUUGUUCACUUGGCAAAUGUUGACCGCAGUGUUUGCUGUCAAAUGAUCGCUUAGGCGCCAUGUCGCGAUUUGGGAUCGUUCCUGUUUUCGAUGUUAAGCAGCUCGGCUCUUCCGACCACGACGCAAAAAACUGUCUUCUGACAGCGCUUCAAGAGGCUAUAAAGCAGGUGCAGAAUGUCGCAGAGCCUGCUGGCACUGGUGCUUUGACAGAAGACACUCCAGAAGCUUGCUGGUUAUGCGAACACCUUGACAGGGUGCUUCUCUAUGGUUUGCAAGAGCCCCAGUGGGGCUAUUGGCCAUGGGUGCGCAAGUUCACGCACCCUGCAGCCCAGCAAGAAAUUGCUUCCUUGCCGUCAGUGUCCACAGAUCUUGGAUAUGGCCGUGCUUGGCUCUUGGCUAGCCUUAAUGGGGGACUGUUGGAGAGCUAUAUGCUGUCCUUCCGCCAGAAUUUGCGGCUGCUGCGCAAAGGCUACUCAUCGAACUCUCUCCUUAGAGAUCCACAAUACUUGGACCUGCUUGCCACCUUGCUGUCAGGAUUGGAACACAUUCCUUUCAGCCUGAACCAGAACAAUGCACUAUUAGAUGACACUAAUGCUUGGCCAAAGAUCAUAUCAUAUCGUCAGUCUCUGCUCCAUACGGAUGAAGAUGUUGUGGUGCUACCUCAGGGAGUUUCUGUGAUGACCAUAUCAUCAACAGACAGCUCGACCAGCUCUCGUGAGGAUGACUCGGGCAUCCAGAGUGUUCGUGUCUCUUGUGCCACGCUGUCUUCUCUGGCAUCACCUGCGGAGGAAGUGCAUGUCCCCGAGACUUGUGGCUGUGCUGAAUGUGCUGCCUUUCUUGAUCGAGAACACAUUCGGCGCAUUAUCAACCUAGACGUUGUUCCACCAUCAUCUGCCGACUCCAGUGAAGCAGCUGAUUUAGAACUUGAGGUGACACGAGUUGUGAUAACACGACGCAAAGGAGGAGGCCACAGUACUGCUAAACCAAGAACGCUGUUGUCAACAUUUGGAAGUGAAGCUGUAACAACAGUGAUAUUGGAAGCUGGCGAGGCAACUAAUGUUGAUGGCAAGGUGUGUGCUCCACUGAGGCGGGCACUGGUUGGAGCUGAAGGGCAGUCUGUAGACUCCUCGCAAGGGGCCCCAUUCAGCGAGAAGGGCAGGACUGGUGUUGCAUGUUUUGCUGCGAUGACCGAGUCGACUGGUUCCAUGAGAGACUCGGGAUGUUAUGCAUUUGUGGAAAGUGACAGAGGCGCACCAGAUGGCUGUGAAGAAGAGGUUGAUGAAGUUAGGCAGGAAGGGAGGACAACAGAUGACUCUGAACAGCAUGAGGAUGUGUUUUCCAUCUAUGAUUGUAGUGGCAAGUGCACCUCAGACGUGACAUGUGAUGACAGUGGUGACAAUGGUUCUGCUACAGAAGGAGAGGCAGUGGAGUCUUCAAAGUUUGUUGAACAAGAACUGCUCGUAGAGACAAGCAAGAAAGAAGGAUUUGAUAUCAAGGUAGAAAAUAAUGCUCUCCUCCAUCUUACACUAGAGAUAUUUGAAUCAGAUGAUGAGAAAUUCUACAAGAUGUUUCUGGCAUGGAAGUGCUGUGAUGGAAAAGGACUUUUGGAGCCUAUUUAUGUUCUGAUGACAAACAAAUUUCUGUACAUACUUCGACCGAGGGCUGAGGUGAACCUGUUUGCCAGAGACUUUUCUGUGCGCCUCAUUGAAGUCAAGGUGGUCACAGUCUGGCUGAACUACCAGGGCUUCUCCCUGACUUGCAAUUCUGGGAAAAAGGCCGAUGUGGCCACUGGCCAUGCUGAGCUAACGAGGAAUAUUCUCUCAAGCCUGGAUCUAGCCGUUCGGAGAACUCACAAUGGAGUUAAGUGCCUUCCAUCAAUAGUGAGUCACUGCUCUGAACAGCUAGAUGCCAUGAAAAAGCUCUUGGCACACGAAUUGAAAGCCCAAGAGGAUGGUGGGCUUGUGGUAAAGGACUACCGUUUGGUGCACUGGGAGAAGUGCAUACAGUCCUCGCCGGGUGAUUAUGCUUGUGGCCCCAGUGUGGGCAGUCCCCUUAUGUGGAGGUUCCUCGAAGGGAAUGCCAGGCGAGAGAGGAAGAAGCAUUGGGAAGCUGGCUACUUCCUGUUGCGGGCUGGAGUCCUGUACAGGUUCUCAAACCAAGGAGACACUAUACCAAGUGCCACUUACCUUGUUAGUGGGGUCCACUGUGGUUCCUGUCAGGCCGUGUCAAAUGUUGGACGACCACAUGCCUUGCAACUGAACCUGGCUCCCUCUGGUGGUGCCUGCCUUCAGCUUGCUGCUUCCAAUGAGGCGGAGAUGGAGCGCUGGGUUCAUGCGCUCACUGAAGCAGGGCAGGCCUCCUUCUGUGGGUCUGGAUCUAUGGGUGGCAUGGUGGCCUGCUGCCUAGUGUUGGUGGGUGACCUUGUGUUGACCUUGGUUGAGGGGUCAAGAGUCUUGGGUGUAGGAGUCAUUAUUGACCUGAGUGUAGUCCGCAGCGAGAACAACUUCUGCAUUAUGGAGUUUGAUGGUGGCGAGGCUGAGAGCUGUGCUUACAACUGGAUCUUUUGGUUUGCCACUGAAGAAGAAAAAAACGAGUUCCUGAGCAUCGUCUCCGUUUCCUGGCAAGAAAUGUUCAAGCACUUGGCAUGCUGGUGUCCCGUUUCGUCCCACUCUACAUUCCUGAGGUGCACUCGUGCCGUGGUGUCGCAACCAAUGGGAACUCCAGCAAGGCACACUUGUGACAUGGCAUUGCAGCCAAUAAGAGUUUAGGCUGCUACAGAUGCUGGAUGCCAGCUUUUUCACUCAAUGAGCCAUUUGAUACCUUCACAUCUACUGUACAAGAUGAGCCUUGGGAGUGUUGACCAGCACUGCUCACAGCCAAGGCAGCAGGCGGGAGCACCUUUUCAACCACAGGUGUUGUGUGGUGCACAAGUUUAGGAGCUGGUCUGUGAAACCCUCAUGUGUUACUUCACGGCAUCAAGUCUGCCAAAUUUGAAACCUUUAGCUAUGCGAUGAGUGGGAAGAAUAGGGGGAUCCAAGGGGCCUGAUUUUUAGUUAGUCACAACCAUAUCAAGUCAUGGGCGUUGAUACUAGAGAAACAACAAGACAAGUUAAUUAUGCAUCACAGCCAGUUAUUGGUAGAAAUAUAAAUGCCUGAGUUUGUUUAGGGCCUCCUUAAGCUUCGUGGCACUAGUUCAGCGUGUCUGGGCAGUUCCAAACACACCUGUGCCAUUCUGAGCCUGUUUGCAUCAUACAUUGCAUCAAACAGUAUUUCUACGACACUCCUCACUAGCAGUUGCAGAAGGCAGUGCUCGUACUUAACCAAAAUGGACUACCAUACUUGAGCAUUUGGGUCUAUUUCUUAAAUGUAACUGUUGCUCUGCAUUCUUAGAUCGGUAAUCGAGAUGUUUAUGCUUUGCUUAAGGAUAAUAAUUUUAUCCACGCAAAAAAUAGUUGAAAAACUAUUAAAGAAACCUGUACAGGUUUCUCAGAAGGAAGUCUUUACAGCUUAACAAAAAUUAAUAGAGGUUCAGCAAUUGAUCUCAUCACCACAACUGGUAGGACAAGUUGUGCAGUGUGUGCAGAUAAAGUGACUGCCCCAGAAAGGUUGCGCUCAAUUCACUCCCUGGACUGGGAAGCUCUGAUUAACCUGCAUGAAUUUCUUUCAUAGCUUCAUACACCUUUUAUGCGGAUGGCAGUUUUACUUUUUGAUGGAACUUUGCCUGCCUUACAUAUGUUCAUAGAAAUUAUUUCCUUAUGUGUAUGUUAGGCUCAAGAUGUCGUGAUUCGUGUGCAAAGCCUCGUUGGCUCAGUUUAUUCUUAGCAUGAAAUAAAUCCUUUACAUUUGGAAGUAUUGGACUUGAGAAAUAGCUAUUUCAGACACCAUGUGCUAAAGUUUUCUAAAAUCGCUUUUUAGACUUUAAUGGUUUAAGCAUAACCUAGGCCAGUUACGUGUAAGGAAAUGUUUGCAACCACCUUUACUGUUAUAGGUCAUAUAAAUCGCAAUUUUAUUGAGUGGCAUUAUUCUUGCUAUGUACUGUUAUGCAAUGAAGUUCUGGUCCUGCUCGAGGUGUGUGAAGGAUGUCCCUUUGCUGACUAGAGUAGCAUCUGCACAGCAUCUUAGGGUGCCACGUUGAAGCUGGGUGGCAGAGCUUGUAAAGCCGUGUAUAUUAUAGAAUGUUUACUUGAAAACCUAGUCUGUAUUUUAAUGUGCAAUGCAUUCUUGUCAUGGUUUUACAUGAGCGUCUUGUAGCAAGUUUGAUGUUUUUUCUUCCAUCAGGCUUACAUUUAAUAUUCUUGCAUUUGACUUUCUUUCAUGUCCAUUAUGAUUUUUAUAGAGCCGCAUCAUUUGAUGUGGCGUACAAGAACUUUUUUGGGUCUGAGCAACAAAUUUUACAAGAGUUCUAAUAACUUCCUUUGAUGUGUUGUAGGAACGGCUGCUUGGAAUGUUUUGUGCCAUCAUUUAUUUUUGCAUCUUCUAAUAGGCACAGAAGCAAACAACUCACUACAUUUAAUAGCAGCUUUGACCAUACAAAAAGAACGACCAAAUAUUUUCAAAAGCUUUCAUUGGAAAUCUAUCUGCUAUAUGUUGAGGAUCUAUUCACUGGAAGAAUAAAGAGAAAUAACUGUAUUCUUUGAAGCUGCAUAGUGAGCAAAAUACAAGGCUUUCUGUGCUUUGGGUAAGUGCGGCUAAUAAAACGUUGGGUGCCACUGCUGUUGAUAGGUAUUAAAGUGAGCUUUGAAUUUUCUUAAAGGUAUUGGCUGCUGCAGAUAUUGAGCAGCUCUCACAUAUUUUAUGCCUGAUGGGCGAAUCCAGAUAGCCUUAGAUGCAAGUGUUGUCUCUACCUGAAUUUUGCCAAAGACUAUAUUCUGUUUCUCAUUCUGAUUUCAUUAAUAAUCUGUCAUUACUGCCACUGAUUAUGCACAAAGCACACCAGAAACAAAUGUUAGUCUGUUUUCAGAAAGCACAGUUGAUAAUCUCACUAUAGCUGCUGUGUUUCAGACAGCUGUCAGGAAGGGGGCUUAUAAUGUUGCAGUAGGGCUUUUACCAUUUGCAUCAUCUACGUUAAAGAGCAGUGGCAUGUCAACAAAGGUUGCUGGAAACUAUAAAGUAUCCCUGACGCUUAUGUGUUACGAGUAUGUUAAAAUCUCUUUGUUAAGACAUUCACACUUCUAAGUAGAUGUCCAUGCAAUUUCUCUGCCCUCAUGGCCUCUGCAAACUGCCCUGCGAGUUUGAACAGUUUUGUCAUUUACAUCUGCUCAUCAAAAUAAUAGUGACUGCUGUCCUAUGCAGGUUGUUCUGUUGCCGACAUGGUUCUCUGGCAUGCGUUUUUCUUCAGGUGCAUGAUACGGUGAUUGUGUAACUCCUGUGUUUUCUCACAGCUGGCCAAAUAACAGCACCACCCAUUUGUUUCUGUGUGUUUGUCAUGUUUCUAUUGCUGAGCAUCAUCUGUGAUACAUUCUUGCAUUGCGAGCUCUAUGCAUGUUUUUCCCAUCAUUCGAAGCCUGGACAUUGGCUUCAUUGUUAUUAAGAGCCAAACAAGCGAGAAAUUCUUUGCAUUGCACUUUUUUUCUACACUUGCUUGUGUUGGCCACACUUGGUAUGUUUGACUGUUCCUGCAAAAUUUUCACAACGUUGCAGCAAUGUUUGUAUAUGCUAAUAGAUGCAAUAAUAAAAGAGCUGUAUCUGCUGCA